AUGGGUGAUGUAGUUAAGGCGGCGCGCCUGCAAGGGACGCGCCCAGAGGAGCCCCGUUGGGGAUCCCCUGGGGCUGUGCUGAGUUUCAGCCGCAGGGGCCGUCUCCUCCGCUCCGCGCUGCCCCUGGGACUCGUGGUCUUGGGCCUGGUCCUGAGCUCGCGCCGAGCCUGGGGAUGCGUUCUCUGCGAUCCCGCAGUGGUGGCGGGCCUGCGAGACCUGGAGCAGGAGUACCUGCCCAGUCACUUGGACGUGGAGCCCAAAGUUCUGCAGAUUUUCGUGAGCCGGUUGGAGGAGACCGUGCGCCAGUUCAUCGACCUGCCUUUUAACCCGGAUUCCUACCAGGGCCUUAUAGAUGAGCCCACGCUGAGCAAAGUAUCCUGGGACUUCCUGAAGGAGCUGAAGCGAAUCAGGGACAGCAACCUGAAAGACAGUUUCCUCUUGAAGGAGCUCACCUGGACGCUGCAUAUGCAGAAGGAGAAUUUUGCCCGUAUGGUCGCGGAAUUCCAGAGGGAAAGUUUUUGCCCUAACAAAUGCGGUCUCAUGAUGCAGACCCUCAUCUGGUGCUUUGGGUGCGAGAAACAGGUGCACACCUGUCUCAAGUCUUUCGACUGCGGGGAACAAUACGUGCGGGUGUCCAAGAACGGGGACAUGGUCUUGGACUGUGAGCUGAGCUGGCAUAAAGCGGCCGAGGGGCUCACGGACUACCAGUUCUACCGGGUCUGGCCAAACGACUCGCAAGUCCUCAUCAGCCGCGGCCAGGACCCCGCCCUCACCAAGCCCAUGGUGUCCCUGGAAGACGCGGGCGUCUAUCGCUGCAUCCUGGGCACGGUCCGCGAGCAGAACCCCGCCACCAUCAUCACCUACCACGUUACGGUUGACCCGGAGUCCGCCAGGGAAGAACUGUCGCCUCUGACUUCGACUUCGGUUCCGAAAAAGACGUUGGCGACGACUAUAAAAUUACCCGCCGCGUAUGAGCCCGGCUUUGGGGCCGAGGCCGACUCCGAGACCAGCUCGGAGCCUGAUCUCGGGCCGUGCACGGGGCAGGGAGAUAUCUUCGUGGACUCAGGCCAGAACGCCGCCAGAAUCCUGAACAUCACCCUCAUCGGGCUAGUGGCUGGUGGGGCGGCAGCGGUACUGGGGAGCCUGGCGCUGACCCUCUAUUGCGCCCGCAAGGCGGGUCUCAACCUGACCGGGAAACAAAGUCAAGGAAAGAGCAUCAGCCAGUAUUCCGGGAUGGAUCCUUCAGCGCCGGCGUCCGCAAGUUCGGUGCAGCCCUUACCUGUCAGUCAAUAAAAAUGUCUGCUCUUUU